GGUGCCGGAGAAGGGCGGCGCGUGGCUGACUCAUCCCUGUGNCGCUUCGAGUCCAUCGCCAUCGCCCAAGAAAAGUUGGAAGCUCAACCACCAACCCCAGGACAGCUGAGAUAUGUAUUCAUCCACAAUGCGAUACCUUUCAUAGGGUUUGGCUUUUUGGAUAAUGCAAUUAUGAUUGUUGCAGGAACCCAUAUUGAAUUGUCUAUUGGAAUUAUUUUUGGAAUUUCAACUAUGGCAGCUGCUGCUUUGGGAAACCUUGUGUCAGAUUUAGCUGGUCUUGGACUUGCAGGCUACGUUGAAGCUUUGGCUUCCAGGUUAGGCCUAUCAAUUCCUGAUCUCUCACCAAAGCAAGUUGACAUGUGGCAAACACGUGUUAGUUCACAUUUGGGUAAAGCUGUCGGAGUGACUAUUGGCUGCAUUCUAGGAAUGUUCCCUUUGAUCUUCUUUGGAGGAGGUGAAGAUGAUGAAAAACUGGAAAAGAAAAAUUAACUCACGUAGAAUACCUUUAAAAAGAUGUAAACUAAUGUACCUCAGUUAUCAAAUAUGCUGUCAACAGCAUUUAGGAAUUAAGACAGUAACAGUGUAUAGAUAACGGGAUCAAAUAAUUCAGCAUGUAUUAUGGAAAACACUAACUUAUUGUGGCUUGGUUUUCUUAGGACAUCUUUUUAAAAAUUUUUGUGUAAAUUGGUAAAAUGCUUUUUCAUCAAUGGCAGUCAACAUUUUACCUUUUCUUUUUCUUUAUAUACCAAAAUUCCAUUUAAGUAUCAGUUGUUGAUGUACCAUGCUAACUUGAGAUUUACCUGUUUGUUACUUACCAUGUGUACACGCAUGAAAGCAUUUUCUGUCGUUGUUGUCUCCUACAGUUACAAUUCAACCUUAAAAUUUUUUCCAAAUUACUUAAGAUGUUUAAUAUCAGUUGAAUAUUUCUUUUUUACUCUCUUUUUGGCAACAUCAAUUUUGUACUGUUUCACAGUAAACAUUUACAAUCAU